UUGCUUUACUCUUUUCGUGUUGUAAUAGUCUACCUCCUUCCUCCCGAUCCCCAUCCAUGGAUCCAUGACAUUGUAGCUCGAAUUGAUCGAUAAUGGAAGCUAGUUGAGAUAAUCGAUGAAUGAGUGUUAACAACUGAUAUCUGUGUUGUGUACUUGUGCAUACAUGCUAGGAAUCAAUCCAUCUGCUGACGAGAUGACUGAGAGCAUGCCGGCGGCACGGGUGAUUUUGCGGUCGUCCGGGAGGAAGAGGAAGCUGGAGGAGGCCAACGCAAAUCAGGGAGUGCCAGCGGUGAAGUCGCCGCCUGCAGCCCAUGGGCGCAUGGCCGGCACGGAGGCUGCGCGGGAGGCGUUGCAGGGCAUUCUCGCGGCGUCGCAGGGGUCGGUGUUCGCGGCGGCGAAGCCAUCCGACGUCGUCGCCCUGAGCCACGAAAAAGUGCUGCAGGGUUUGAAGUACGCAUGUUUCAUCCUCGGGCGCACCAUGGACCUGCAGCAGAAGGUGACCGCACGGGAGCGCGAGGAUUCCGCGGAGGCUGCGGUGUUGCGGCAGGAGCUGGAGAGGGUGAAGGCCGAGCUGGCCGAGGUCAAUGUCGCGGUUGGUCAGGUGGAGCUGGAGAACGCCGAGGGGCUGGCGGUGCAGGAGUUCCUUGCCUCCGAGGAGCACGCCGUCGAGCUCCAGGGCUACGAUGCGAAGGGGUACGAGCGCGGUGUCGAGGACACGAGGAUCGUCAUGCUCCGGCACUAUCCGCACCUCGACGGCAGGCGGUUCCUCGUGCCGCUGGAAGGGCCUCAUUGAUUGUAUCGUUGUAUCGUUGAUCGAUCCUUUUAGAAUCGGAGCUAUCCUGAAAUGUGGUAUUAUCUGAAGCACUCUGUAGUGCGGAUCUGUCGUGGAGCCCAUCAAAACUACUCGUAUUUAGCUCUUUAUUUUCUUUUGAAAAAACCAAGUACAUUGUACGAAGGCCCAAAUGCUCAACUUAGACA